GCCGCGCUCGUCUCCAAGUACCGGUUCUGCUGCUGUUCGGCGCGCGACCGUGUGACCAACAAUACAUGGGCUAAGGUGAUUGUGUCGUCUGUGGAAUAUGUGACAAGAGUUGGAAAGUACUUGUCAUUACCGAUUGGCAACCGGUUGAUCAACAAAAAAAUCAACAUGAAAGUAAAGGACAACGAGCGAGUGAUUUUACAAGUUUAAGCGACUAACGCGCGGAGAAGAAAAUAAUUGUAUUGUUGAUAAUUGGGGAGGCCAUGAGGAAGUGCGGGAGUGGAAAAGUAUAGUGUAAGAGUGACGAGUGGGACGAUGGAGGAGGAGGACGGCGGUACGUGCCUGAUGGGCUGCAGGUGUGGGCACCUCCGUCCGACCAAAGCGCGACUCGUACUACUGGCCUCACUCGUACUCGCCGCGCUAACGACAGGCCACGGCAGCAUCACCGGGGGCAAGCGGCUAGUGCGGAGACUUGUUGCGCCGGCCAUAGUGGACCCAAGGGCGGAAAAGGUCACGUUGAGCUGCGAGUACGACCUUCACGGGCAGCAGCUGUACUCGAUAAGCUGGUACAGGAACGACAACGCGUUGUUCAAGUACUCGCCCAGCCUCGACCACUUGAGGGGCCAGUUUUUCGAGCAGCCCGACGAGCCCGACGUCAGGGUCAGUCCCGAGAUGAGCAACAGCCGGCAGCUCGUGCUCCUCGGCAACGGGGACUUUCGCAAAAACAAACGAGCCUACGAGGGCACGUACCUGUGCGAGGUGGCCACGGAGGAGCCCUUUUUCUCGGACUACGCGGUCGCGAACGUCACCACGGCCAUUUUGCCGAAGAGCAGCCCCGUCAUCGACGGCCUCGCCCCCAACUACAACGUGGGGGAGCAGCUCGACGCUUCCUGCCUCGCGGCCCCGAGUCUGCCUCCGGCGGAUCUCGUCUUCUACAUCAACGGGCGCAAGAUAAGCGAAAAAUCGACGCGCAGCGAACGGACCCUCCACUCGAUCGGCGAAGCGGCGACUUCCUCCCGACUCUCGGUGUCCCUGCGGCUCGAGCGUCACCACUUCAACGCCGGCACCCUGACCCUCACUUGUCGAGCGACUCUUCCUGGCGUUCCUGUCGUAGGCGAGUCCCGAAGCGACUACACCACCGAGAAAACGGUGACCCUCAGCGCCAGCAACCAAAGGCUCGCGCAGGAGCCACCCAAGCAAUCGGCAGUUGGUGGUGGUGCGAGAAGCGAGACAGGCUCGCUUUUCCUAGGAAUCAUCACUUACAUCACUGUCAUCGUCGCCCGCUCCAUCUAGAAAUGCUGCACUGCUCUUCUGUUUGCACGAGAAAUUUAAAUAUUGUGAUUGCGUACUCGUUUGAUGCAUGUGCGAGUGUACUUCCUUUACAUCCAAUUAUUUCAUUAUCACUUGUGUUACAAAUGCAUCGUGUAUCAGCUCAUCAACACAUAGAAGUUAAUAGACUUUUUGUAUCGUCAUACUUUAGUCCGAACUCGACUUAUUAAAUUGAGUUGUGUAUAUAUUAUGUUACGACUAUGACUAUCAAACACUCUACGACGAUUAUCCACUCAGUUGAAUUGUUUUAAUUAUUGUCACCUCUACAAUUAAUUUUCAAAAGUUAAUGCAGAGAAAAUUUGAUACUUAAUGUUGACUUAUUGUUGAUUUAUUAGCUAUUCUUGUAGAGACACUAUUUUUAGGAUAAGCAUCGGUACUCCGUAUUAUUAUUAAAUUUUUAUAAACAAGAUGUUACAUGAAAAUUUAUAAUUACACUUUUUAUACCUAUACUAUUAAUAUUAUUACUAAGAAUUAUUGGUGGAAUUUCGUUAGCAUUCAUCAAUACUUUUUUGUUUCUUCGUCCUACCCAUUUUAUUUUUUACGAAUUUUUUACAGAAAAAAAAAAAAAAACCAAAAAAAAAGAUUAUGUCUGUCACUAGAAGUGUAAUAUGUCAAUAAGAAUCGAAAUUGUAAUAAGAACGAAUAGGAGAGUGGUAUUUUCGCACCACUUGUAAUGUACAUAUUGUUUGUAUAUUGUAUCCGGUACAAGAGAAUAGAUGUUAAUUAUGGACACGUAUAAAUUUAGUGCAAGCGAUAUUGCCCCUGCAUAAAUUGUCACUAUGCCAAGGUACAAAAUCUAUCGACCAUCGUACAAACGCGCAUAUCUAACAAUACCCAAAGUGUUAGCCAAAAAUCAGCUUGAUAUAAAAAUCGAGUAAACUCAUACUAGUUUUAA